AACCCACAUUGAUUACUCGGUCAGAGGUUACAGAUAAGUUCAUUAAAACAGACCACUACACAUCAGCUAAAAAACAUUUACUAAAAUUACACCAUGUGUUAGUGCUGAAAAUGUUUGGGAUCGUGAAGUGUUUCUUUGUGUUCAUCUGUGUACUUUUAGUUGGUAUUCAGUGUAAAGAGUUGAUAAAGAGAUCGGCCCUAGAUAGUGAUGACGGGAAGAGUAGUUUGGCGUUUGUUUUCGAUACGACCGGCUCUAUGUACAAUGAUUUGAAACAGUUACGUGAAGGAGCGGAGAUGAUCCUUAACACAGCGUUGAAGGAGAGUGAUGUGAUUGCUGACUUUGUGUUUGUACCAUUCCAUGAUCCCACCGUAGGCCCGGUAACAGUAACUCGAAGAAAGGAAGAGUUCAAGCGAGCGUUAAGCAUGGUCCGCGUACACGGUGGAGGGGAUUGUCCUGAGAAAUCACUUACGGGGAUACACCUAGCGUUGAACGUGAGCCGGCCUCGAUCGUUUCUGUAUGUGUUUACGGAUGCCACGGCCGCUGACCACAGGAUCGUUGGGAAAGUACUAGAUACUAUACAGAGGAAGCAGAGUCAGGUUGUGUUCAUAUUGACGGGACAUUGCAACGAUUUAAAGCGUCCUUCAUACAAGGUGUACCAGCAAGUCGCGGCCGCAAGUUCCGGACAAAUAUUCAACUUGAACAAAACCAGCGUGCAUAAAAUGCUAGAUUUUGUGACGAGUUCCAUAAAAGGUCGCAUGGUAAAUCUGGCGUCUGUCUCAAACCCGCCCGGAUACAACUACACACAAGAGAUCCCAGUGGACAGCACACUAGGAGAGGUGACGGUAUCCGUAUCAGGAGCUAAACCCAAGAUCACGGUAGUGGACCCUAACGGCGAACAGCUGACUGGACCACCCAAAUUGAUCACAACGCUAGAUCUCUCUGAAAUUAUGGUUGUAAAAGUGAUGCAACCAGAGCCUGGCAAUUGGACGAUAACAGUGGGCAGCGAAGAGGAGCAUUCCGUUAAAGUCGUCGGUCUGUCUAACGUGACGUUCACUCACGGCUUCUCUGUAGAACAACCCAGCUCUAUGAAGGAAACUAGCUAUAGACCUUUGAGAGGGACAUAUAACCACAUGCUGAUAUCCUUGUCUCCGGCCAACGCGUCGGCAGAUAUAAACUACGCAGAAGUACUAACGCUAGACGGCCGAGUUUUGUUCGAACUGCCUCUUAAGAGAGUCGACAACAAUAUGUACAGAGCGGACCCUUUUAUACCCCCUGAGGAGUUCUUUUAUAUAGCUAUUAACGGCCAAGAUAAGCAUAAGCAAGACCUGCGUCGGGUUGGCUCGACUGCUAUUCAAGCACAGUUACCAGAUGUUCCAUACCUAACUACACGACGAAAGGUAGAAGCACGAGCACAUACCCGGGUAGUGUUACCCUGUAACGUAGAGAGUUUGGUGCCUGUCACCGCUAUGUGGACCAAGGACGCCUCGAGGAUACAAAAACAGAUUUCCAGCUUGCAAACUACAUCACUCGACUAUGUGAUCGAGAAUAUGAAAGAAGAAGAUGUCGGUACAUACAGGUGUAUCGCACACAACGUGGCCGGAGUCAGCAAGGCUAUAACACUACUCACACUUACUGUGGAACCUCCUCAGAUCACGAUAAAUCCAGUAAAUACGACUGUUGAGCUAGGCGACAGUAUUACUAUAUCCUGCACUGUGUAUAGUGAAGCGCUGCUGUUGCAGAAUCAAUUUAUGUUUAAUGGGACACAGACGAGAUAUGCUACUGAUGUAGAUAAGAGCCCAAAUAUAGAAGGAGUUUAUACUUAUAACAAAACUCUACGAAUAACUGAAAAAGAUAUUGGAAUUUAUUCUUGUGUUGCUGCGAAUAGAGGUGGUAAAACAAAUCAAUCAACACACGUAUCACUACGAGCGAACCCAACAGCACAAAUAUUAGGCCCGCACACACUAUCGAAGCUGAUAAACUCAGAGUUCCAACUCGUGUGUACCGUGGAAAACGCGGCUACACUCGUGUGGACCGACCCUAACGGAACGGUGAUGACGUCACGUGACGUCACUGGUACCGCUACUGAAGUCUUAAAUGUGAAGAAUGUUACUGAUGAUGGUGGUUAUACUUGUACGGCCGUGAGAGGCUCUCGGAACGGUUCAGACACCGUGAAUGUAACAGUUUUAAUAAAGCCAGUGGUCAGUAUCAUAGGGUCUAAGAACAUUACCAUAUUGAAUGGUACAGUCAUUGAAGUGACUUGCCAAGUGAUAGCGAAGCCUGCGCCCAGAAUACUGUGGCAUCGAGAGACUGAGACGUUUUUGAAUCAUACCGUAACACAAAUAAAACCGAACACAUACCGUAGUGUGUUGAUGCUGAACUCCAGCGCAGAGUCGAUUAACGCAACGUACUUCUGUUUCGGAGAGAACUCGGAAGGCAUUCAUCAGGACAGCGUCACCGUCGAUGUCAGACGGAAGAUGACGAUACUGCAAGGAUUUAGUGACCAGUCAGUCCAACUGUACUACCAAGUGGAACUCCAAUGUGACAUAGACUCUCACCCCGCACCCCACAUCACUUGGUACCACAAUGGUACCCAACUUAGUACCGGUACUAACGUGCAUAUGUCUGAAGAUAAUACCACGGUGUAUUUGAAGCGAAUCGAAUUUACUGACUUAGGUCUUUACCUUUGUGAAGCUGAUAAUGGGUUUGAGAAAAUUAAUGUUAGUGGGAGCAUUAGUGUUGUUGGAUUGGCAUCGCCGGUAUUGUCGAAGGAGCCGGCGAGUGUGACGUCACGCGCAGGUCAAUCUACUAUAAUCACAUGUAGGGUGAUCGCUGGCAACCCAGAGCCUACAAUAACAUGGCAAUACAGACGUCUCUCCUCAGAGAACUUUAUAUCCCUUCCAAAAGAUAUAAUAAAUAAUGAGAGAGAACUUAUAAUAUCUAAUACGACAGAAGAUCAUGUUGGUUUGUACCGCUGUGUCGCUGUCAAUGUGAUUGGAAAAGAUGAAUAUGACGUCACUUUGGUCGUGCAGUAUCCACCGCGUUUUAGCAAAUCUACCACAGAAGAUGACAAACCUCGUCAGAUAAGAGUAGGAGAGAGAGUGAGUUUCUCCUGUGAAGCUGUUGGCUUACCCCCUCCUAUUACUGUGUGGACCAAAGAUAUGCAUCCAAUUGUGUUCACUGAUAAUAUAUUACUGAACAACACAAAUGAGUUAGUAAUACAGAAGGCGACGGCCUACGACUCGGGAACUUAUACGUGCAACGUAACAAGUUCAGUUGGCUCUACGCAGAAGAACUUUACUCUGGUUGUUUACGAUCCUCCGUCUAUAUUACCGUCUUCAUCGGAUCCCAUACAAGAAGUACUGGAAGGUCAAGCCGUGGAGUUACCGUGCUCGGCGCAAGGAGUACCCGCACCUUUUGUCCAGUGGACGAUAAACGGACAACCUUUGUUUAGGCAAAGGAUGUAUGUCGAUGAAUAUGGGCUGAGAUUUGUUGCAAACUUGACGGAUUUUGGAGAAUACACCUGCACGGCUAAAAAUAUACAUGGAAACACAUCUAUCACUUACAUGUUACACGUAUGGGUACCCCCGUACAUAUCCCCGCCGCUACAAGUAACAAAGGAGGCAUUACUGGGCUCCAACGUGACACUGCAGUGUGACGUCAUCGGCUUCCCGCUGCCCGCCAUACGCUGGCUCUUUGAAGGCAAUCCCCUCACUGAUAAUACUACGGAUUUGAGCUUCAACGAUGUAGGUAACUUGUACAUAGUAAACGCAAGUGUAAAACAUGAAGGUUUGUACAUCUGUGUAGCUGAGAAUAAUGGGGGCGUCGCCGAACAAACUACCUUCCUUAAAGUUAACGAGCCUCCUAGAAUACUAGAAGACAACUACACAGGGCCGUACAUAGCAACUGACAUGGACACAGUACUGACGCUCGCGUGUCCCGCGACAGGCAAACCUAAACCUUUUGUCGUUUGGUCUAAGGACGAGUUUUAUUUGAACAACGAUCCACGCUACGCCAUAGACACGGAUGGCACGUUGAGCAUAAAGUCUCCUUCUGAGGACAUGAGCGGCAACUAUACUUGCACAGUCAGCAACUCUGUCGGAAAUACCAGCAAAACGAUGCCCGUUGAAAUAUAUUCCAUCCCUACACAUAUGCAGUCAGAAGAGAGUUUGUCCUCAGUGACGUUGUUGGAAGGAAGUGACGUCACACUCCAGUGUCCGCUACGAGCGACGCACACACUCAAAUGGUACAAGAAUGCAAAACUGCUGUCAACCGGUUCCCUUCACCUCCGCAACAUAUCGCGAACGAACUCAUCAACAUAUUCGUGCGUUGUAUCAAACGCCGUCGGCUCCGCUCACUCUAAAGUACAAGUUAAUGUGGAAUGGCCGCCUAUGUUUGUGGGAAAUGCGACAAAAAGUUUGGAGGUUGUGAAAGGAGAAGAUAAGUAUUUAGAUUGCGCUGUAGACGCGAAACCUAAGGCUAAGACGAAAUGGGUGUUCAACUCCAAAACCCUAGUGUUUGAAGACAAAGACUAUUUAAAACUAAUUAACGCACAGCCACACAACGCAGGCACAUACAAAUGUAUCGUUAGUAAUGUUCACGGGACUGUCAUCAAGGAAUUCUCUUUAAAUGUUCUCGAACCACCGUUUAUAUCAGAGUUUGAUAUUUUAGACGUUCAGUUGAAAGAAGGCGUGAACGCGACGUUAGAAUGCAACGCUAGAGGAACGCCUGCUCCUAAACUCUCAUGGACUUAUAACAACACGAACUGGCAUGAACACAACUCGAGCCUAUCAAGUAGCAACAUUACCAGGCAAUCAGAAGGUAUAUACCGCUGUGACGCUACGAACAAAGCCGGGGCCACACACAUCGUGUACCGAGUGACCAUCGUCGCCGCUCCUUACGUCGAUGACAUUAUAGCGUUCAGCAAUGGAGAGGGAAUUUCUGUUGAAGGGAAAUUGGAAAUUGUGCAAGGUUCUCGCAUACGUAUAGCAUGCAAAGCAACGGGUAGCCCAACCCCAGAUAUUCAGUGGAUAAAACAAGGGCAAGUAGUCGGUGAGAAUUCCUAUGACAUCGACUAUGCAGAUCUAGUACUAAAUAACGUUCAGGUCAGACAGGCAGGUGUUUAUACUUGCGUGGCUAAUAAUGAAGGCGGGACGAAUGAGAGGACUGUGAAAAUUGAAGUGUUGGAACCGCCAAAAAUAUUCCAAACGCUUUUCCAAAAUGACAACACGUCAUCAAAUGAGGUCCAUUUAGAAGUUCUAUCGGGGCAAUCGUUCUACCUACAUUGUCAUCCUUACGGCAAUCCUUUGCCUGAAGUCUACUGGUUCAAAGACGAUGUGCCCUUAAAACUAUUUGAUGACGCCAUGGUGACAACUGACUUCGGGGAAGUCAUUGUAGUCAAAAAGGCAGUGGAGAGUCAAUCGGGCAAUUAUACGUGUGUUGCCAGGAAUAAAGUUGGGAAUACCAGUGUUGUUUAUUUAGUUGAUGUUUUGGUGCCGCCACCAUCACCCAAAGAGUCCACGAAGAAGAUUACAGCAGGUUUUGGAAAGCCAUUAGUUCUAACUUGUCCAGCCGUGGGCAGUCCAUUGCCUGAAAUUAUGUGGAUAAAACAUCCGUACACAGAAAUAAGUGGAGAUACGAGAAUACUACUGUCUGAAGAUAAUUUUGACUUGAUAAUCAACCAAACAGAAGUUACCGACAGCGGCAAAUAUUCCUGCAUUAUGACGAAUAAAGUUGGUACAACUGAGGUUAUAUUCGACGUUACCGUACAAAAACCGCCGUCCAUUGCUGCUAAUGUAGGCAGUAAUUUGAUAGAAGGACACGUGGUCGCGUUGAAACGAAGCAUUGUACUGAAAUGUGAGGCUGAUGGAUAUCCGUUGCCUAAGAUUACUUGGCUCAAGGAUACCCAAGCCCUAAGCGAGAGUCUCUCGAACAUACAAAGAGUAUUAGGCAACAGCCUAUUGGCGAUAUGGAGUGCUGACGUCAAAGACGCAGGCCAGUACAUCUGUGUGGUGGAGAACGAAGCCGGGACUGCGCAUCGGAGGUACAAUGUCGCUAUACAAGUGCCCGCUAAAUGGAGUCCGUGGUCUCAAUGGUCGUUGUGCAACACUACCUGUGGGCUAGGUUAUCAACAGAGGUCUAGGUCCUGCUACUACAUUGAUGAUAACAAUAAUACUAUUGAUAGUUCUUCGAAAUCAGAGAAGAUAAUUCUAGAUCAGUCAGCGUGUAAGGGUCCUACGGUAGAUAAACGGAAAUGUCACAUGCCUCCUUGUGAUGUUGAUGAAUCAAAACCUCGUUGGUCCGUAUGGUCGAGAUGGUCGGAAUGUUCGGCUACUUGCGGCGUCGGCACUCAGGCGCGGACUCGACGCUGCAAGACUAAGGCCAGGUGUGAUGGCGAUAAUGUACAGAUCAAGAAAUGUGAUGGCCUUCCUCGAUGCAGUCCUACUUCGAGUGCAGCUGAUGCUGACGUUUUUGACAGCAAAGAGGAUAACGGCGAUGGCGACAAUUAUUUACCAGACCAGACGUUUGAGUUGCAACCAGAAGUGAUAAAUUCACAUUUCUCACCGGACGUCGAAGAAUUUUAUAGCACAUCAGGAUCGCAAUCAGCCACGGUGUUCUACGACGUGAGUGUGUCUGACAACUUGGACCACAGCGACAGAGGUCCCUGUGACCCUGGAUAUAGGCACAAUAAGACGGCUAACACUUGCGAUGACGUGGAUGAAUGUGAAUUCGAGACGAAUCAGUGUCACUCGACUCAAGUGUGCUUGAACACGGACGGUGGGUAUCGAUGCUCCUGUCCACCCGGGUACCUGUCUCUAGCGGCCGGACAACGGUGUUUAGAUAUAAACGAGUGUGAACUAGAAACGGACGGGUGUUCGCACUCGUGCGUGAACACGGCGGGCGGCUACGUCUGCGCCUGUCCGCGCCAUCUGCGCCUGCAUCUCGACAAGCAUCACUGUGUCACUCCUGCACUAUACCGAAGGCCACUCGGCGAGUUGGAGUCAGAUUAUUUGAGCACCACCAUAGAAUUUCCUAAUAGAUACACGAAGCGAAGGAGUAUAAAUUAGUAGUAGACUUUUUAGUGUAUUUUUAGGUAAUGUUUUUAAGAUUAGUUUUCAAAUAUUUACAUGGAUGAAACGAUUUGAUGAAUCAGUUAAUGUUCUCCUCAAUAAAUAAUGUGCUCAGUAGAUGCCUUUAGACAUAUUACGUGUAAAAAAUAUUGUGAGCGUUACAAAUGGAAAUAA